GCGGUCUUUGUAGGUUUGCUCGUAGAUUACUUGGAAUUCGGUAGUUAUUGAUAAACUUUAAGCAAGGUCAAGCGCUGUCAUGAACUCAUACCAGACCAGGAACACGUUGUUGAGUUAUUUUGUAGUUAGUUAUCAUAACCAGUGCUGAUUUGAGUGAGAUAGCAGCCGGUAGCACGUUAGCAUCCUAUCUGGAAAGUGUGCUUGUGUUCUUGUAUGUUAUUCUGCCCUUACUGGCCAACCAAUGAACAUUGCACUUGUAAGCGAUAUAACAUCACCGGUAGCUAAAGCAGGACUGAAAACGUUUAGCUAGGGUUUUCCAUUUACACAGCGUCUUUCUUUCUUUUUUUUUAUUUAAAGCAGACAGCAGUAAUACUGCCAGCAAAAUGACAGACACUUCAUCACUGCACUUUGUGAGCGCUUAUGCUUUUGAGGCCAUUCAGAAGGUGGAUGUAAUGCGGCUGGCAGCUCUGAGCGAUCCGGAGCUCAGACUCUUGCUGCCGUGCCUCGUGAGGAUGGCGCUCUGUGCUCCAGCUGACCAGAGCAAUGCUUGGGCCCAGGACAAGAAACAGAUCCUGCGUCUGCUCUCAGGUGUGGAGGCAGUGAACUCUAUAGUGGCUCUGCUUUCAGUGGACUUCCACGCUCUGGAACAAGAUGCGAGGAAGGAGCAGCAGCUUAGGCAGAAAGCAGGUGGGUCAAACAGUGAAAGUAUCCUAGUCUCUCAGUUACAGCAUGGCUUAGCCCUGGAGUUUGAACACAGUGACCCCCUGAGGAGACUCAGACUGGUUCUCAGUGAGCUGCUGGCAAUCAUGAACAAGGUUGCUGACCCCAACAAGGAGUUUUUUCUCAAGUCUUCUGAACUGUUUGAAAGUCCAGUGUACCUGGAGGAGGUUGCGGAUGUUCUUUGCAUCCUUCAAGCAGAGCUUCCUUCUUUACUGCCUGUCAUUGAUGUUGCUGAGGCCCUACUACACGUGCGAAAUGGAGAGUGGUUUCUUUGUCUCCUUGUUGCCAAUGUCCCAGACAGCUUUAACGAAGUGUGUCGAGGUCUUAUAAAGUGUGGUGAGCGCCAAGAUGAGGAGAGUGUGGGUGGGAGACACAGGACUGAGGCACUAAGGCAGCUGUGCCAGAUGAACCCAUCUCAAGCUUUUAACAUCAGAGCCAUGGUGGUGGAAGAGUGUCACCUGCCAGGUUUGGGGGUGGCUCUGACUUUAGAUUAUAAGCCAGGAAGUGCAGACAAAGCUGUUAGUCCUUUGGUGUCUUAUGUCAGUGGUCUGCUCCUGGGCACCAACAGCAACGUGCGCACGUGGUUUGGUAUGUUUAUUCGCAACGGGCAACAGAGAAAGAGUCAAAGUAGUUCGGUUUUGUGGCAAAUGCGGAGGCAGCUGCUGUUGGAACUGGUAGCCAUCUUGCCUUGCUCACACAGUGCUUGUGUGCCCAAUGACACAAGGCUCAGUCCUGAAACUGAGGGCAACUCGGCAUACUCAAGCUUGAGAGAGGAGCAUGUGGUGAAAGCCAGUUCACUGCUCAGACUUUACUGCGCGCUAAUGGGCAUUGCUGGCCUCAGACCCACAGAUGAGGAGGCUGAGCAGCUACUCCAGCUGAUGACCAGCCGCCCCCCUGCUACACCUGCUGGGGUCCGUUUUGUCUCUCUGUCUUUUUGCAAAUUACUAGCCUUCCCUACACUUGUCAGUACACCAGAGCAGGAGCAGCUUAUGGUAAUGUGGCUCAGCUGGAUGAUUAAGGAGGAAGAAUACUUUGAAAGUGCUGCUGGGGUUUCUGCUUCAUUUGGAGAGAUGCUCUUGCUUGUUGCUAUGUAUUUUCAUACCAACCAGCUCAGCGCCAUUAUUGAGCUGGUCUGCUCUACAUUAGGAAUGAAGAUUGCCAUUAAGCCCAGCUCUCUGAACAAAAUGAAGACCAUUUUUACCCAUGAGAUCUUCACUGAGCAGGUGGUUACUGCCCAUGCAGUGAGAGUGGCUGUCACCAAUAACCUGAGUGCCAAUAUAACUGGCUUUUUACCCAUCCACUGUAUUCACCAGCUGCUCAAAAGCAGGGCCUUCACUAAGCACAAAGUCUCCAUCAAGGACUGGAUCUUUAGGCAGCUGUGUGAGACCAGCACACCUCUUCAUACUCAACUGCUUCCUCUCAUUGAUGUCUAUAUUACUUCCAUUCUCACACCUGCCUCUAAGGCCCACCCAGAGGCUACCAACCAACCAAUCACAGAGCAGGAGAUUAUUAAUGUUUUUGAGGGCCGGACAGGGGGCGCUGCAGGAAAGGGACAGCAGUAUAGCAUUACAACCCAGCUGCUGAUUCUAUAUUAUAUUCUAUCUUAUGAAGAGGCUCUAUUGGCCAACAGCAAAGCACUUGUCCUGAUGCAGAAAAAGCCAAAGUCCUACUCUGCUACGCUUAUGGACCAGAUCCCUAUCAAAUACCUCAUCUGUCAGGCUCAGGGAUUGCAUCAAGAGUUGGGGGGACUACACUCUGCUUUGUUGCGUCUCUUGGCCACCAACUACCCUCAUUUGUGCAUGGUGGAAGACUGGAUGUGUGAAGAAGAGGUGACUGGCACUGUUCCCCUCAUGCGAAAAAUGUUGCUCACCAGCCCAGCAUGCAAGUACUCACAUGCCCAGUUGCACAAGGCCUUUCAGAAUAUAAGACGGAGUGGACACAUACUGCUGCAGAUCCUCGAGUAUUUGACACUGCUAAGUGCAGGGGAUCUGAUCCCCUAUGCAGAGGCCCUGACCACUAAUAUGGGCUUGCUGCUAGAAGACAACAUUCCUCGCAGAGUGCUGCAGACUGUUAAUAAGCUCUGGCUGGUACUCAAUACAGUAAUGCCUCGAAGGCUGUGGGUGAUGACAGUAAAUGCUUUGCAGCCAUCUGUUAAGCACCUCAGGAAGCAAUGCUACACUCAAAAUGACCUGUUAGUGGACCCUCUUAUUGUAUUGCGUUGUGACCCCAGAGUGUUAAGAUGUCCUCCCCUAAUGGAUAUAACCUUGCACAUAUUGAAUGGCUAUUUAAAGGCAUCCAAGGCCUACCUAAAUUCCCAUUUGAAGGAGACUGCUGAAUUUGAGAGGCAAAAUCAAAGUAUACCAAACCUGGGGAUUGCUGGUCAGCCAGAUACACCAGAGGUCACAAGGGAGGAGUUAAAAAAUGCUCUACUGGCUGCACAGGACAGUGCAGCAGUGCAGAUAUUAUUAGAGGUGUGUCUGCCUUCCUAUGAGGAGGAGAAACAAGCAAGCAGAGGAGGUUCCCUUUUGCCAAAGAAUGUUCACUCUGCUUCAGCUUUUUCUGAAAGGCAGAAGGGAAUAGCAAGAGCCCUGAGGGCACCUAGUUGGCCACAAAAGCCUGAAGGCCAACCAAUGGAGGCUAAAGAGGGGGCCGAGGGGGGAUUACUCAGUGACACCAGGGAAGUACAGUGCCUCAUUUGCUCUUUGCUGCACCAGAUGUUUAUUGCGGAUCCCAACAUUGCCAAACUAGUGCACUUUCAGGGUUAUCCUCAGGCUCUACUUCAGCUGGCUGUAGCUGGCAUUCCUUCCAUGCACAUCUGUUUGGACUUUAUACCAGAGCUUUUGGCACAGCCUCAGCUUGAGAAACAGAUCUUCGCAAUUCAGCUUCUGUCCCACCUUUGCACACAGUAUGCUCUGCCUAAAUCCCUCACUGUGGCCCGCCUGGCUAUCAGCGUGAUGGGUACUCUGCUCACAAUCCUUACACGUGCCAAGCGCUUUGCUUUCUUCAUGCCCACCUUACCAUGUUUGGUGUCCAUUUGCUUGGCUUUUCCUCCACUCUAUGAUGAUGUAGCAUCCCUGCUAGUGCAACUGGGCCAAGUGUGUGCUGCUGAUGUUGCAGCUAAAACCAGGGACAUCGACCCAUUUAUUGCCAGGCUACAGUAUUUGAGAGAGAGGCCACAGAAUUCACUGGAGCCAAAUGUGAGAUUGUUCAACGUGGAUGUGCCUAAGAGAUCAGCUGAAGAACUGUGUGAAGCUGAUCCAGAUGUUCAGCUGUGUUACUGUAUAGAGGCUACCUUCAUGGACAUCAUUAGCACCAGCACACAGGGAUUAUAACGAAAAAGCAUGGCAGGGUUAGAAAGUGAGCCUUUUGUAGUAUUGCCAUGACAUACACAUCAGGGAAGACUUUUAACUUAUUCUUCAAUACAGUACAUUUAAAUCCCAUUUGUUUAUAUCUUGAUAACACAGGGACUGUAAACAGGCCACUUGUAGCUUGGCAAAACAACUUCUUGCAUUUAGUGAUGGUUAACUGUUUUUUAGACUACUUUACAAAGUAUACACAAUCGUAUUGUGUGAUUGAUUUGAAACAAAAUUUUUUAUUUAAUACCUUUUCCACUUGAUUUUUUUAAACUCGUGUGUGUGUGUGUGUGUGUGUGUGUGUGUGUGUGUGUGUGUGUGUGUGUGUAUAUAUUUCACAGCUAUUUUGUCUAUGAUAAAAUCUAUCAAAACAUUUA